GUGGCAUCCUUUUGGGUAAUGCCCCUUAUCCACUAGAUGUUGUGGUAGUCAUUACUAAUUGUCAAAUACACACCAGAACACCAAAAACCACUAUCAUUUCCAGGAAUUCCAAACACUAUGGCUGCCUCUACUCUAUCUUCUGCUACCACUUCACAGCUAUGCUCCAGCAAGAGUGCUAUGUUCUCUUCAGCACAGGCCUUGUCUGUGAUGCCCAGGAGGACCCAGCUGAUGGGAAAGGGAAAGGGAAUGAGAAUCACAUGCCAGGCAGCAAUUCCAGCUGAUAAUGUCCCUGACAUGGGUAAGAGGAAGCUCAUGAAUCUGCUUCUUCUGGGUGCUAUUUCACUUCCCUCUGGUUUCAUGUUGGUUCCCUAUGCCACUUUCUUUGCUCCACCUGGCUCUGGUAGCGGAAGUGGUGGUCAAACUGCCAAGGAUGCUCUCGGAAAUGAUGUGAUUGCAUCAGAAUGGCUCAAGACCCAUGGCCCUGGUGACAAGACUCUUACACAAGGGUUGAAGGGUGAUCCUACCUACCUUGUUGUGGAGAAAGACAGAACUCUUGCCACAUAUGGAAUCAAUGCUGUGUGCACUCACCUUGGUUGUGUCGUGCCAUUCAACAGUGCCGAGAACAAGUUCAUCUGCCCAUGCCAUGGAUCCCAGUACAAUGACCAAGGAAGAGUUGUCAGGGGACCUGCUCCUUUGUCUCUGGCUUUGGCUCAUGCUGAUAUUGAUGAAGGCAAGGUAAUAUUUGUUCCUUGGGUCGAAACCGAUUUCAGAACCGGUGAUGCUCCUUGGUGGUCUUAAAUUGAUCAUCACAGUCCACUUCUCUCGUAUCAUACCUGUAAUUUGUACGGUUUCACUUUAUUCUGCCAUCAGUCACAAACAUUAAUCUGUAUCAUAUAAGGUUCACCUUUGUUCAUUCGAAAGCAUAUAAUAUGCAAGGAGAGGACCUAAUUUUUUGAAUGUAGCAUAAUUUCC